CUAGGUUUCUUUCUCAAUCGCAAAAUCAUCUCUCAGCUCUGACGAUCGACUACUUACUCUCACCAUCCAUCGCACCACUCUUCUCCGUCACCGACUGCCGAUGCCAUUCUUCUAGCUCCGGCAUAUUCAAGUAAACAUUUCAUAAAUUUUAUCUUUUUCAUUCGUUUCAGCAAGAUGAACCAACAGAUUGAAGGGGCUAAUGCUUUUUCGUCUGGAGAGCUCCCCAUGAAGCGGAAACGAGGACGGCCGCGUAAGGACGGAAGUUUGGUCAAGGGGGAGAGCAUCCAGACGGUGGCUGGUUCUGAGAGUGUGAAGAAAAGUAGACUAAGUUUGGGUUCAGGUGAUGGGGUUGAUAAAAUGGUUGGUCAGGUGGUUUCAGGUGUAAUUGAGGGUUCAUUUGAUGAUGGAUAUCUUCUUAAUGUGAAGGUAGGUGACACUGAUACUGAGCUCAGGGGUGUUGUUUUUCUUCCGGGGCAUUUCACUCCAGUUAAUCCAACAAACGAUGUGGCUCCUCUUGUUCCUAUGUACAAAAGAAAAGAGAUGCCAAUCCCAACUCUCAAUCCACAUCCCCAGCCUUCCGGUUCUGCACACCCAGAAAACAGCAAUAAGCAAUCUGCUGAGGUGAAAAAUCAAGCACCUAAAUUUACAGACCGAAGCCAACAUUCUCAAUUUCAGCCUGUUGUUUUAGUGGCACCUGAACCAGUUUCUGAGAGAAGGUCUGAUAUUGAAACAUCCACAGUGGUGAAAGGACCUAAUGAAGUAGGCACAAAAAGAAGUUCAGAAGUUGAACCUUCACUUGCACCAGUUUCUGAGAUAUUGCCUGGUACAGAAACAUCCAUACAGGUGAAAGGACUUGACAAUGUGAAGGUAAACAAAAAAUCAAAAGUGGUACACACACCUCCACCAGCUAUUAUCUCUCAGGGCAUUGAAGCUGUUGGUGAGAAGUCUAAGAAUCAAGAUCAGGUUUUGAGCUCCGACACUAGAAAGAGUUAUCUACAGGGCGAGAUGAAAAUUCCGAAUUUUGAACUCAACCAACCACCUCCAACUGUGCUUUCUAAGUCAGAGAAGAAAUCAGUCAACAAUGGCUAUGGAGAAGGUGUACUGCAAGGAACAGAAUCUUAAAUCAUGCAUUUGCAUUUUCUUUGUUGUUAUAGAGAAAUGGAGAAAUGAAGGUGGAAGAUGGAUACUAGUUAUGCCCAGUGUAGUAAGGAUGAAGACUAAGACACAGAGUUUAGUUAUAGAUGCAUAUAUUACUUUUCUUAGGGACUCUUUCUGUUCACAUCUCAAGAAUGGUUUUUUCAUAACCAUCUGUUUUAAUUUUAUUGUUUUUAAGUUUUCAUCUCUCUUCUCUAUGCAUAUGGGAUUUUAUGUUUUUCUACUUAUUAUUGGCUUCUUGAA